AUGGCCCAAGGGCCGGGGGGCACGAGAAGGCAGCUGGCUCGCCGUGACCCUGGGAGCUCGGCUUUGCCCGCGCCGCCGCCGUCGCUGCUGCUGCUGCUGCUAGCCUGGGCUGCGGCGGGGGUCCGAGGGCAGGGCCCCCUCGAGUUCCCUCAAGCCGUUGCUAACCUGGCCGUGAGCGGGGAGCGCUUCCUGGUGGCCAGCGGCAACUGCUGGUACGAGGUGGCGCCUUCGCUGGCGUGGAAGGAGGAGCGCUUCUGCGAGAAGCCGGUCACCUUCUGCGGGGAGACGGUGGCUUCGGUCAACAAGCUCCUGCUGCCCUUCGGUCGCGACCGCCUGCUCACCUGUUGGACUCAGCCGCGAGGCGUCUGCUAUCUGCAGAACCUCACCGAAGGGAGCUCCAAGGAAGCGUUGGGCCAGGAAUUGGUGACUUACGCGUCGGAAGGCGCGGCGGCCGGGCUGAUGUUUUGCGAGGACAAUUGCUCACAUUGGUCCCUGCUCGUAGCCACGGCCCACAAAUUGAACCACUGCACCGAUGACCCCCCGCCGAGCAUCGCCAACAAGGCGGUCUUCCUCAUAAAAGAAAGCGAGAAAAACGUGGCCGAAAACAGGCAGGUGGCCAUGAAGAAGGUGUACGACCUGCACUUCGAGGAUGCCUUUCGCUGGCAGGAGUACUUCUUUUUCCCUUAUUAUGACAACGACAAAGUGGAGGCCAAGAUGCUCAUCGCUCUGUACGAGAACACCUUCUGGUACAAUAGCCAGAUCCUGCGAUGUGGCGCCGGCGGCAAAAUUCUUUCCUCGGCGUACCUGGAGCAACGCGACCUCUGGGCCGGGAUUUUCGGCUCGGCCUCAAGUCCCGCCGCCAGCCCGACUUCCACGGCCCUUUGUAUCUUUUCUCUUAAAGAGCUGCUGAAGAAUGCGGAAAGCUGCGAGUUCAAGGAGCCCGCCGCUUCCGAGUUCACUUCGGAAUCUCAUCCUCCAGAAAAAUGUGUAAAGGUUACAUGGCCAAUGAACAAUUCAACUUCUCUGAAUCAUUUUAAUUUGGUUUCAGUUUAUGCCACUGUGCUUCUAAACAAGACUGUUUUAUUUUUAGGGACAGGAAAUGGGCAGCUAUUGAAGAUUGUCCUUGAUGACAAAAUGAAGCCAAAUUGUCCAGAAAUUUUAUAUGAAAUUAAGGAAGAAACACCCAUUUUCCAUAGGCUUGAACUUGACCCUACGGAUCAGAAUUACAUCUAUCUACCAUCUAAUAAUAUGAUUAGGAGAAUACAGGUUGCAAAUUGCAACAAAUAUAUUUCCUGCAGAGAUUGUUUAUCUGCAAUGGACCCACACUGUGGAUGGUGUCACACAAAGAAAAGCUGCACUUUAAAAGGAAAAUGUUCAUUUUCUAGUAACUCACCUAACUGGGUAAAUAUUUCAUAUGGCAUAGAUAAGUGCCUGAAAAUCUACACUUCUCAACUCAAAAAUAAUAAGGUUCAUGUGAGAGUAGAUGUAAAUUCUUUUGGUCUUUCUGAAGCACAUUCCCAUUGUAAGAUGUUAAAUGCAAGGACCAAUGAAAUUCUUUGUAAUGUGAAUCAACACCAUCUAAAUUGUUCCUGUAAUAUAACAUUUAAAGAUCUAUCAGAGAAAGUUCAAGUGUCAUUCAUCUCAGGAACUUGGAAUUUAUCAGAAAUAUUUGAAUUUGACAUCUGUUCUUUAUCAAAAACGUGCUCAAAAUGUGAUCAUACGCACUGCACCUGGAAUGCUAGAGAAGAAAAAUGUGUUACCUCUUCUAUGACUUGUGCCAAAAAAAUUGAUUGUAGUACAACUAUCAAUGCAUUAAACAAAAAAGAUCAUUCAGCAACAUCAAAGCCUAUUAAAAUUAUUUCCAUUGAACCGAACUACAUGUCAAUAUUAGGUAAACCUGAAGUGCUAGUCAUAGGAGAAAACUUUACAAAAUCAAAUUUUUUGAUGGAGAUAACUGGAACCAGCAGCUGCCAACAAGAUGUGGGAUAUGUUACUAAAGUGUUAAAUGACACACACAUGAAAUUCUGUUUACCACCAAGUCGUAAAGAAGUCAAGAGCGCAUGCAUAAAGGAAAACGGGUUUGAAUGUUCUGCCUCUCUUCCACUACAUUACGUCUCUUUUCCAUCAUGCGCUAAAAUCCUUCCAAAUAUUACUUGGAUGAGUGGAGGUCGCAAGAUGACUAUACAUGGGAAAUAUCUGAAUAUCACAGAUGAAGUUAUUUUAAGUGAUUUCCCACAGACCGUAAUGAAAAAAAAAGACAACUUAAAUCUUUCUAGACAUGAACUUGAAGUUUUCAUAUCUGAUAAUAAUCUGAUCAACAUAACAUUCAACAUCCAAAAUAUUUCCAAAACAGCCACUCGUAGCAUAAUACACUGUAGAGCUAAACAGGAAAAAAACAUUACCAGGAAGAUUAAUAAGUCAAGCAUGAAAGUUUAUGUCAAGGUGGGGAAUUUUGUGUAUGAAAUUCCUAAUGAAAAGAACUAUUCAUUCUUCUACAUUCUUUUGUUAAUCCCGAUAGUAAUUGUGGUUGCAGUUUUUGUCACCCAGCGAAAGUCCAAACAAUUAAAUCAAAAAUUGAGUGAACAUCUGGAGCUAUUGGAAUGUGAACUUCGUAAAGAAAUACGGGAAGGAUUUGUUGAACUACAAGUUGAAGAACAGGAUAUAGUUGAUAGCUUUGGAACAAUUCCAUUUCUUGAUUAUAAACAUUUUGUUCUUAGGACAUUUUUUCCAGAGGCUAAAGAUAUUUCGUCUAUAUUUAUUGAAGACUCCAAUGAACCACUAAGCAAAGAUCAGGGUCUAUAUGCAUUAAUUUGUAACAAAAAAUUUCUCGUUACUCUGAUUCACAUUCUUGAAAAACAGAAAACAUUUGAUGUAAAAGAUAGAUGCUUGUUUGCAUCUUUUUUAACAAUUGCACUACAGACAAAUCUAGUCUAUUUAACUAAUAUUCUAGAAGUUUUGACAAAAGAUUUGAUGGAGCAGUCUAGCAAUAUACAACCUAAGCUGAUGCUGAGGCGCACAGAAUCAGUAGUAGAAAAACUGCUUACAAACUGGAUGUCAGUUUGCCUUUCUGGUUUUCUUCGGGAAACAGUUGGGGAACCAUUCUUUUUACUUGUAACAACUUUAAAUCAAAGGAUUAUCAAGGGUCCUGUGGAUAUAAUAUCUUGCAAGGCCUUAUACACUCUAAAUGAAGACUGGUUACUGUGGCAAGCACCUGAAUUCAGCACAGUGGUAUUAAAUGUUGUCUUUGAAAAUAUGCAAGAAAAUGAGGCCAAUGGCGCUGCUCAGAAUAUCCAAGUUAAAAUAUUGGAUUGUGACACCAUUGAACAGGCCAAAGAGAAGAUCCUACAGGCCUUUCUGAACAAGAACGGAUCCCUCUAUGGUCUCCAGCUAAGAGAAAUGGGCCUGACUCUUGAAUCAGGUUCCCAAGCAAAAGAACUUCUGGAUGUAGAUGGUUCCUCCGUGAUUUUGGAAAAUGGAGUUACUAAGCUGAACACCGUAGGCCAUUAUGGGAUUUCAGAUGGAGCAACAAUGAAAGUAUUUAAGAAGAAACAAGAUAUAUCAGCUGAUGGAGAAUAUUCUGAGGACUAUUGCCAUCUGAUAUUACCAGAUGCAGAAGCAGCCAAAGAAUCACAGAGUGCAAAACAUAAAGGAAAACAAAAAUUUAAAGUCAAAGAAAUGUAUCUCACUAAACUUCUCUCUACUAAGGUUGCUAUCCACUCAACUGUUGAAAAGCUCUUUAGAAGUAUUUGGAAUUUGCCCAACAAUAAAGCCCCAAUUGCUAUUAAAUAUUUUUUUGAUUUUCUGGAUGCUCUGGCUGAAAAUAAAAAAAUUACAGAUCCUGAUGUGGUUCACAUAUGGAAAACCAACAGUCUGCCUCUUCGAUUCUGGGUGAAUAUUCUGAAGAAUCCUCAAUUUGUCUUUGAUAUUAAAAAGACUCCACAUAUAGAUGGCUGCCUGUCAGUCAUUGCACAAGCAUUUAUGGAUGCAUUUUCUCUAUCAGAGCAACAGUUGGGAAAGGAAGCACCAACAAAUAAACUUCUGUAUGCUAAGGAUAUACCACUUUAUAAAGAGGAAGUUAAAGCUUUCUAUAAAGCAAUAAGGGAUUUGCCUCCACUGCCCAGAGCAGAGCUGGAAGAAUUUUUAAUUCUGGAAUCACAGAAACAUGAAAAUGAAUUUAAUGAGGCUGAGGCCUUGAAUAAAAUUUACUCCUAUAUAACAAGAUACUUUGAUAAGAUACUGAAUAAAUUAGAGACAGAACGAGGGUUGGAAGAAGCCCAACAGCAACUCUUAAAUAUAAAAGGCUUAAUGGAUGAAAAGAAAAAAUGCAAAUGGGUGUAGUCAUUUAAUUUUAUAAUUGCUGCUGUUAUGGAACCAAAUUCAAAAUAUUGGCCAACCAGUUCCAUUCACACAAAAUCAGCAACGGAUGCCCUCAGAUCGGAACAGUCAUCUCCAGAUGUGUCAACAAAGUGGAGCCUGGACUGAGACAUAUACCUGCCUGCUUCUGGCAUCUGAAGGAAUCCCUCUAUGCAGAUCUUCCCUUCUAGAUUGAUACAAUCAAGUAAUUUUGGUUUAUUUUUUUGCAUUAAAAACCACCUGAAAUGCAGUUCUUAUAUAAACAAACUGGUUAUGUUAUCGUUCACAACUUUGUCUAAUUUCGAUGCUGUUACUGAGCAGCAAUUUAUGUGCCUUAAAAGACCUCUCAGUUGGUUUCUGAUAAGCACAAAUAUAUCCUCUUGUUAUUCAUAGUCUGAGCAUCAAAAUUAGAGAGCUUUCAACUGCUACAUGGCUGUAUAAUGAAGUGCAGAUUUUCAACUUCCCCCAAAUAGUUGCACAUUGUGGCAUAACUGAAAGUGAUGUGGGACUGAAAUAGAGGGGAAGAUUACCACCCAGCACAUUGAUACAGCUAUGCAAUUCACCUCUUGAUAAAGUCGGUUUCAUAUCCAGCUCUACUGAAGAUGUCACUGACGCAUCCAUGUAAGUUUCUUGGCAUGAUAAUGGAAGUGGUUUGCAAAAGGCAGUUUCCCUGUCUUCCGAACACAAACUUACACUUUGAAAUUCUUCCAUCACUGUAUCUGCACUUUUUAAAAAUGGAGCUGGUGGCCUUUCCUAUCUGUAUUUUCAUUAGUAUAUAAAUGCAUUGUAAAUAUAAGGGCAAAAAUAAAAAUUACAAAGAGGGUUUUUUAACAACUGAAGAUUCAUAAAUGUAUCAUAAUUUUAUUAUUGAGUAGUUUAUUAUAUAAAGUAAAUGUGGAUGAGGGCAUCACGUAGAUUUAGGCUCUUCCUCAGCUUCUAUGCCUUCCCUGCGAUUGGAAUACCAAUUUUCUCAGCUAUAUUUUAUAGGGCCUGCAGUGCCUGCAUUUGAAGGCAAAACCAUAUUGUCUGCAACUCCUUCAGGAAGUUGUAUCUUUUCCUGGGAUUGGGGUGGUUCACCAAAGUUAUAGCAGAAUCCCAGGAAUAGGUUUGGUAUAAAGAGUGCUAUGUACAUACCCUAAAGCCUGGGUGUCAAACUUGCGACACCACAUCAUCACGUGACGUAUCAUGACUUUUUCCCCCUUCGCUAAACCGGGGGUGGGCAUGCCCAGCAUGAGACACAUCCAGCCCACGGGCUGCCAGUUUGACACCCCUACUCUAAAGUGUCUCCUUGCCUUCAAAUAUGAAGCACUGCUGUGUUCUAAUAUUUAGAGUUUAUUUGUUGCCUAUCACAUCCUGCUCAGAUUAAUAUUUACAGGGAACACAUCAGCAGAUGUCUGCAUGUGCUGUAUCAAUUUUUAAAUUUUUAAACAAAAAAACUUAAAAGUGCCUCAACAAAUUGCAGGUUUUGGUCCCACUACUUCUUGCUAGGAAAAUUCUAACGACAUUGGAAAGAUUAACUAGCCAUUAUAGGCUGAGGAUUCUCUAGGGCGAAGUUGCCCAACCUUGGCAAUUUUUAGACGUAGAUUCCAACUCCCAGAAUUCCCAAGAUGUGUUUCACUACAGGGGUCCCCAACUCCAGGCUGCAGACUAGUACCCGUCCAGAGCCCUUUGGAAACUGGGUCAUGCAAACAGUAGGUGAGCACAUAAAGCUCUAUUUGUGCAUGCAUAGAAUUACGUUGUGCACAUGAAACCCUCCCAGCCUGCCACUGCCGGUCUGUGAAGCCAAAAAGGUUGAGACCACUGUUCUAAUAGAUAUGGAA